AUGAAACAGUCAUCGCAGAAAUCCCCUAGUUCCUACACCAGUCGGUCAAGCUUCUCACCACCUCCAGUGCUCACACCAGAAAUUCAUGAUCAAGAAAAUGUCAAUCCGUACGGAGUCGUGCAGGCUCCAGAAUCGCCGAUAGAAACUCCUGUCAAAGCUCCGUUGAAAAGACGGAAAAUGGGUUUCAUGGUGGACGACAUUUUACAGCCAAGUCCAAAGAAGGCUGUCAUCGCUCUCCGGUCAGAAGAACUUGAGAAAUGA